CGCAAAAAAUAUACUUCUCAUUGGACGUAAUCCACCAAAACCAGCAGCACUCACGGUCAUCAAAGACAUGACAAGUUCAGGAGUCAGGGUUGAAGCAAGGCAAUGUGACGUUGGCGAUUUUGCGGACCUUAUGAACUUCCAUGACCACGUGUCCGAGUCAUUUUCCCCCAUUCGAGGAAUUAUCCACGCUGCAGGAAUCUUAGACGAUGGAACUUUUGAAAACCAAACUUGGGAGAAAUAUGAGACCGUGUUUCAUAGCAAGGUCAAAGGCAGCUGGAAUCUGCACAUGCUCAGCCUACGACUAAAAUAUCCUCUCGAACAUUUCGUACUUUUCUCAUCCACUGCCGCCACACUUGCUGCGAUGGGACAAAGCAACUAUUCUUCGGGAAACUACUUCCUGGAUGAGUUGGCCCAUUAUCGUAACGCUUUAGGUCUUCCCGCCACCACGAUAAAUUGGGGACAGUGGGCCCAAGUUGGGAUGGCGGCGAAUAUUGUGUUUCCUCUUUUUAAACCAAUGUCCAUAAAUCAAGGUAUCGCAGCGUUGGAGAACAUUAUGAAAAGCCACAAGACACAGGUUCUCGCUUACGAGGCGGAUUUGGGGGCAGUGAAAAACUUUCUCAAGUCCACGAAAGGUCUACUUGCUGAAUUUGAGAAACUCGACACGGGCGAGUCUGGCAUUGAUGGGGACGAAUUUUGGUCCGAUUUUGACUCUGCGCCUGAUUCGGACGCAAAGUAUCAAAUAAUUCGCGGCUUCCUGAAAAAGCUUCUUCGUACAAUACUCAAAAUCGGGAAACACGACGAGAUCAAGGACGACGAGAACUUUCAAGAAAUGGGCGUUGAUUCGUUGAUGAUGGUUGAGAUGAAGAACGGAAUCCAAGCCUCCAUCGGAAAGAGAGUCAAAAUUUCAAUAAAUUCAGUCAAAGAUUGUAAAACAGUGGCAGAAUUGUCGAAACGACUGGUUAAUCUGAUCACACAGAGCGAAGAUUUUGCCCCACUAACUCCCGACGCCUUGCUUCAGUUGGCCUUGGAGGAUGGAAAACUCCCCCACGCUGUUAAAGUUGACGUGUCCCUACGACACAGCUUAUGUCCGCUGUCUAACAUCUGCACAGUCCUGGUCACAGGAGGAACGGGAAACUUGGGUCCAUACGUAGUUCGGGAACUGUUAAGAAGGACGCACAUCAAGAAGAUCAUCUGCGUUAUGAGAAAGCAUCCAUACAUGGCAAUUAGCCAGCGAUUCAGGUUUCUGUAUGAAAAGAAGAAUUUGCUGUCGGAAAUUGAAAUUGAAAAGAUUGAAUUCGUCGAGGGUGACGUAACUGAAAAAAACUUGGGUAUGGAGGAUUCAACAUAUGCGCUGCUCUGUGGCGAAGUUGAUGCGAUUUUUAAUUGCGCCGUAAUCAUGGAAAUGCACACAACAUACAAAACAGACUGCGCGGCACGAUCAAUCAAUGUGAUCGGAACUAAAAACGUUCUGGAAUUUGCGGUUGAACAAAAGUUGAAAUACGUUUACCAAAGUUCAUCAAUUAUUGCGGAGGCAAAACUGGGUGAAGAUGGAACUUUUAGUCAAAACUGGCCCUUUAUUGAGGACAUCUCCCUGAUUCCGAACUCUGCUUAUGCAACUUCAAAGUUCAUCAGUGAUUGCCUCGUGGCGCAAGCGGUUGCCAGAGGCGUUCCUGCAAAACUUUUCAGAUUUCCACACAUGAGUGGUGACAGCGUCACUGGGGGAAAUGUGCAGAUGGAUUCCUUCGUAAUGAUUAGAUUUCUAUCAUAUUUGAACUUCAAACACAUGCCGAUUCAGAAAAUCCCGAUAAGCAUUUUGCCGGUGGAUAAGUGUGCACAAUUUUCGAUGGAAUUGUUCUUUAAGGAGGAGACCGGCUUUGAAGUGUUUAACGUGUAUAACCCGCAUUUAGGUUCGGUUCAAAUAAUCUAUCACGUGAUUUAUUGUCAAGUAAUUGAUGACUAAUAUGAGUUUGUAAAUUCAAAUUUCAGACGAUGAACUUAAUUUUGAAGAAAUGGCCAGAACCGAGUUCGGCAUCGUUGUUAAGCCAAUUACAACAACUGAAUUUUUCGAAAAGUUAAAUAAGGUUUUGGAAAAUGAUACCGUUCAUGAAAUGGCCAAAUUGAUCACUCCAUUCGAUUCUGAGCUUCGAAACAUGGAAAACAGUUUUGAACCCUAUAUUUCUUGGAUGAAUGGGAAUCAAAAAAUAUUUUGGAGUCAUAAGUUGGAACAGUACUUACCUGAAGAUUAUCCAGGCUCACUUCAAAAUUCAAUGGACUAUUUGCGACAAGAUUUGCAAUGUGCAAAGGAAUCUGGUGUCUUUGAGAGAUAUAAUAUCAAGUAGUAGCACUACUGAACAUUCUUAAUAUUUGAAUAAACAUGUUAAGCAUGUAUUCAAGGGUUUUCUCCUUAUGUAUUUACUCGUAAUAUAUACACAUAUCAUUAUGUAAAAAGUAUACAGGUGCAAUGUUUCAAUAAA